AUGCUUUACUGCUACCUCGCUGCUGUAGUCUUUUCAACUGCGCCUAGAGCACUCUUAGCUUUUGAAUGUCCUGGUAAUCCAUUUAUAACGUACCAGAUCUAUUUGACCGGCCCUCUCCGAGAGGUUGGAUACGAGCGCGACUGUCUGUUGGAGGAAAAAGCUCAAAUUGAAACAGUACGAGCACUAUACGAUGUAUUCAUGAAUCGCUCAGACAUAAACUCCACCUGCGAAGAAAUUUUGAAAGCCAGCUCAGACUGCAAACAAUGCUUUGUUUAUGUUGCACAAACGAAGGAUGAUGUUGCUGCUGCAGAACAAAUUGGUGAAAAAUUUGUCGAAGAAGUGAAGGUACAGUAUCACUUGCAUAUCUUACUCUCCAAUUACCUCCACUUUCAAUGA